AAGCUCUGGCCCAGCCGCCUCUGCCUUCCUGCACUUUGAUUGGUCGGCGUGUGCCCGGGGGGCUGGUCCUCUGAAUGGACCAAUCCAGCCGCUCAACCUAGGACCGGUACCUCACCGGCGGCUGCGAGAAGGACGUCCUCGUGCGUGUCUACCAGCAAGUGUUUCCGGCUCUGCCCAUGCAGUCUCGACGGUGAGAUCAGGCCAGUUACCUGCUCAAAGUGCAGCGUUAGGGUGACCCCAGGAGGACGUGAUGUUUCUGAGAAGGAAUGCAUGAAGACAAACUCUGGAACUCAAAAGAGCUUUGGUGUGAAUGACAGAGGUGGUGCCAUCCAGUGCCCUCAGCGAGGUCAGCCUGCGCCUUCUCUGCCACGAUGACAUAGACACUGUGAAGCACCUUUGCAGCGACUGGUUCCCUAUUGAGUACCCAGACUCAUGGUAUCGUGAUAUCACAUCCAACAAGAAGUUCUUCUCCCUUGCUGCCACCUAUAGAGGCGCCAUCGUGGGAAUGAUAGUAGCUGAAAUUAAGAGCAGGACCAAAAUACACAAAGAGGAUGGAGAUAUUCUAGCCUCCAACUUCUCUGUGGACACACAGGUUGCGUACAUUCUAAGUCUUGGAGUAGUGAAGGAAUUCAGAAAGCAUGGCAUAGGUUCCCUUUUACUUGAAAGUUUAAAGGAUCACAUAUCAACCACUGCCCAGGAUCACUGCAAAGCCAUCUACCUGCACGUCCUCACCACCAACAACACAGCGAUAAACUUCUAUGAAAACAGAGACUUUAGGCAGCAUCACUAUCUACCUUACUACUACUCCAUCCGAGGGGUCCUCAAAGAUGGCUUCACUUAUGUUCUGUACAUCAAUGGUGGCCACCCUCCCUGGACCAUCUUAGACUACAUCCAGCACUUGGGCUCAGCAUUAGCCAACCUGAGCCCCUGCUCCAUCCCACACAGGAUCUACCGCCAAGCCCACAGCCUGCUCUGCAGCUUCCUGCCAUGGUCAAGUAUCUCCACCAAGAGCGGCAUCGAGUACAGCCGCACCAUGUGAUGCCAGUGGGGCAGCCUCCACCAGACCCCACACCUUACCACCCUGCAGAGCCCACCUUCCUGUCCAUCUGACCUCUGCUGCUCUCCCCAAGGAGAUGGCGGCCACUUGCUGGCCUGUAGGCCUGCCCCAGCUGCAGGCCCGGUGCUACAUGGGCUCAGGAUCAGAGAAUGCAUCCAGUCUCCAACAGGCUCCCUGGCUCUCCUCAUUGCUUCUGGAAACUUCUGCCUCCACCUACUGCACUUGUGCUGGGCCUCUCCCACUGCACUGCCCUCCUGUUAACUCCUUCCUGCAAAGCCAGACUGGACUUUCUGCUGCAAAGGAGAAACAGCGUGUGGACACUCUUGAGCCUGAAGACAUAGGAACCUCAGAACAAUAGAACUGCAGUCAAGGGAAUGCCAGGCCUUUUGUUGAGGACCAGACUGAAGAAGCCUGAGAGGCUGGCAAGGGGUGGGUAGAAGGGGCAUAGCUCUGCACAAGAGCAAAGCCUCUGGCUCAGGCAAAUAGACCAUGGGACAGUUUUCUGCUCCUCUGUGGCCUCCUGCUAUGUACUUCCCACUGUUUGGGGAGAUCAUCCUGUCUAUUGGCUCCAUGCAGCUGACCUGUGCUGGGAGCUGGCCUGCAGACAGGUAAUGGUGAGGCUCCUGGGGCCCUGCCCUGCCUGUCUUUUAUGAGCUAAAGCUCCAAGGCCUGGCCAGAUACAAGAGGAGGUCAAGCCCCACAUUGUCCCUGCUGCCAUGGGCUGGUGUGGCCUGGUCUUACAGGCAGGAGACAGUCUAUGCUUAUGGCCCUUUAGACUCCAAGAGCAUAGGCUGCGUCAUCCUCAUAAAUCAUGCAUAUGUCACACACUUCUAGCAUCCCUUACCCUGGACCCCUAGGCUACUUGCUGCUGUGUCGUAGGAACUGGGGAAGAAUGCCCCUUCAGUCCCUUGCCAUGCAGCCUGAAGAAGAGAGAGGAACAGCUCUAAAGAUGGGCCCUUAGUGACUUGAGUGCUUUCUUCCUGGACCAGGCCUCCCUGCAGCCUCACAGGGUCCUUGUCAUGCAGGCAGGCCCCAAGCAGGAAAAAGGUCCCCCUCCCUCAACAGUGUUGGCCAGUGGGUGGCCCAAAUUGUGCUGACUAGCAUCAGCUGUGUGCUGAGGCCCCCAUAUUUGAGUCCUCUCUCCUCAACAGUGAUCAUGUGAUUUUCAUUUCUGUUCCA